AAAUUUUUGAGAAUCGUAUAUCGAAACUCUCCCGAAAUAGCGGAUGCAAUGGGCGCUGGGAGAAGAGUCGACGCCUUCUGUUAUAAAUAUUUUUUUACCUCGUUCUUUUCGAUUUCAAAUAUAGCAUCAUACAUAAAUUUUUUAGUUAAUAAUCACUGUGUUUGUUACGAAUGUAAGAAUAACUAUUUUAAGUAUGAGGAAAUGUCGAUCAUAAAUUUCUAGCGAUUCAUUUGACGACACGGCGGCUUUCCCAUUUGAUUCAUAGUGCAAACACAACGGUGUUUGUGAAUAGCACGCGUGGCAUCCGAGAGAUUUCUGACGGAAUUGCGCGUACUUCCGAUGCGCAUGCAGACGCCGUAAAUGCAUGACGAUAGGUACCGUUCGUGUUUCGGGGAAAAUCGGAAUGUUCAUACAUGUGGGCGAGAUCAGCAAAGCAUAGGAAAUUAUUGCACUAAGUGAACACGUCACUUAGAUAAAUUUGGAUAGCCUACGUGACAGGAUGUCUAUGACAAACGCAAAUGUAAAUUUAUCGAUUAAUAUCAAUACAAUAUUACGCAAUUGUUCAAAAUUCUACAAAAGCCGCAAGUAAACUAUAAUAAGUUAUUCUAAUUUUACGUUAAAAUUGAUAUUAAACGAAUUAAAGAUUUAUGAUAGUUUUGCAAUGAUAUCAUUAAUAAAUGGAAGACAGAUAAGACUGUCCAAUGAGCCACUGUGCAAUUGAUCGUUACAUAUCAGAAGACUCGAGUCAUAUCGUGUAAUCUAAAAAUAUUUGUAUGAAGUGUUCCAGUUUUAAUCAGGCAAGAACGCUUGCCUAUGAUUCCCCGAAGUUCCGGCGACGAGGCGGUAAAAAACGCGGACAAAAUCUUCGCUGCAACCCCACCGUUUCACCGCACGAAACGUCGAACAUGCGUACGUACAUGUUCGAUUGUUUACACAAUCCCAUAUAUAAGGAGGAAGCACGAGAGUUUGACAAUCUCAGUUCACGAUCUCACGUCGAUCGAGAAUACUGUUCAGUGCCAUACAGCGCAUUCCUUACGAAUCGAUUCAACGAGAUCGUCGCCGAACCUUCGAAAUCAAUCGCAAGAAAUUCACGACAACAAAUUCGAACAUGUUCCUUAAGAGAGUUUGCCUAAUCGCAGUCAUCCUCGCUGUCACGUCUGCCGCUCCGAGCAGAUUAUUCAGAAGGGUGCCAAUGUGGUACCUGCCGUGCGGCCAAUUCGAGUACGAAGAUAUGAACUCAUUGGAGGAAUCUGAAGAGGAAAUAAGUACCAGAUUGGACAGGAUCAAGGUGCAAUAUCGUCUGACGCUGAACAACUACUUGGAGCAAAAUUACGGGAGCCUGUACAAGAAAGUUAGGAUCGGCGUCCUCGAUCAUCAAUACAUACCUAAUUGGGUGCCCGACAGGGUGGACGCAAAUACUGUGAGAAAACUGAACGACAGUAGCCCUCAAACGAUUAUUGACCAUUUUCCGCAGUUACACAUGAAUCUUCAGAAAUUUGCCGUGGCAUUCGAGCAAUUAAUCGAAGACGAGACUGAGGUUGAGCGCAAGCAUGCUCUUAAGUCAACUCAGAAAUCUUUGAGAAACAUGUUGUGCGAAGUAGAAUCCAACAUAAACGCUAUUUCGUUCAUACAACUACUGGGACGCGUGGAGAGGAACAUUAUGAACGACAUCGAGCGAAACCCCGUCGAUGAGACGAGGAGGCUCAUCAGAGAUUGGGGCGUAGUUCUCAAAUACCGAGAUUACCUAGAUGCCUGGAGGUACGUGUUCAAGUUUUAAAGAUAAGGAGAAGAAAUAUUAGACUGUCGUCAGCGGAUCAUCGAUCAUUCUAGAGAUGGCACGCGAAGAUGCAUCGGACUAACGCGUAUGCAACUGUUGUAAAUUAUUGAUACAGUGCCUGUCGCGGCUAGAGUCGUAAAAGCGCGUCACUAUCUGCAUGACAAUGCAGUAAAACAUUGAAGCCAUUGACUGUCGUCGUUGAUCACGUAGCGACUAUUGCGAAAUCGAAGAUUACGAAUUCGUCUUAGUCCGUGAAAAUUUCUUAAAUUAUUUAUUGCACUAAUUAUUUAUUAUCACGUCUCUAUUGGGCAUUUAGUACGUAGUAUUUAUUCUUUCAUUGUAGCAGAUUAUUUAUUUCAUUAUUAUUGUAUAUUAAUUAUUUAUUUAUUCAAAUCGACGUAGUAUCUAUCUUAUCUCUAUCUGAAAGGUAUUCCGCAACCAGUAUCGAUCCGAAGGAUUCCUGGUUGCAUUUUGUGAUAAUCAGUCAUGCCGAUAAACAUAUUUAUUGUACGCUAGUGACAAGUGAUCACUGUUUUCGUAGCGAUAGAUUAUUCGUGAAAGACAUUAUUUGUAUUUAUUAUUUGUAGAGGAGACGAUUCUUUUUUAUUUCUCGCAGUAUUACUUAUUUAUAACUCAA